UGUACCAGCACGAUGUAUCUCAGACUUUACUCAAGGCAACACUGGACAGUGUUGUAGAAGAAUGUGUCAGCUUUGUGGGAGUGGAUAUUAACAUCUGUUCAGAAGUUUUGUUAAGGCACAUUGCAGGACUCAAUGCCAACCGAGCCAAAAAUAUUAUUGAAUGGCGAGAGAAAAAUGGGCCCUUCGUCAAUCGAGAACAGCUGAAGAAAGUGAAAGGUCUGGGUCCAAAAUCUUUCCAACAGUGUGCUGGCUUCAUCAGAAUCAACCAGGAUUAUAUUCGAACAUUUUGCAGUAGUCAGCAAGCUGAAUCUGCUGGUCAAGUUCAGGGAGCUGCUGUGACAUCUUCAGCAGGUGUUGAGGUCACAAAUGAGAAACCGGGCAAGAAGAAGUGCAAAACUGCAGUAAAUGUUGUGCUGAAGCCAAAUCCUUUGGACCAAACUUGUAUUCACCCGGAAUCGUAUGACAUAGCGAUGAGGUUUUUGUCAUUCAUCAAAGGGACACUGCAUGAUAUUGGAAAACCUGAAAUGGAACAAAAAAUAAAUUCAUUCCUUGAAAAGGAAGGAAUAGAGAAAAUUGCAGAAAGUUUGCAAACAACAGUUCACACCUUACAAGUCAUCAUAGAUGGUCUCAGCCAGCCUGAAAGCUUUGACUUUCGAACAGAUUUUGAUAAACCUGAUUUCAAGAGAAGCAUAGUCUGCUUGGAAGACCUGCAGGUUGGGACAGUUCUCACAGGCAAAGUCGAGAAUGCUACUCUGUUUGGAAUUUUUGUAGAUAUAGGAGUGGGGAGAUCAGGGCUGAUUCCCAUACGAAAUGUAACAGAAGCAAAACUUUCUAAAACAAAGAAGAGAAGGAGUCUUGGACUGGGCCCUGGAGAAAGAGUGGAAGUCCAAGUACUCAACAUUGACAUCCCCCGAUCGAGGAUUACUCUGGACCUCAUUCGGGUGUUGUGAGUGUCGCACUAAAGCUCAAACACUGAUUUUAUUUUCUCAUUUCUAGAGAUGGGCAAGAAUAAGUCAGGUGUUUGUGACUUCUAGGUAGCAGAUGAGAAAGGAUUCACUCAAUAUCAAAAGUAUAUUUCAAACACUUUCCUUACUUUUCCUUCUGAACAAGUAGGAAACUAGCAGCUCAAUUUCUUUUCCCCUUAAAGAAAAUAACUAAUAGACAUCCUCAUGUGGUUUUAUUUAGUAAUGAUUUUCUGACCCAAAUUUUAUUUUUUGUACUUCAUCUUCGACUCCUUUUGCAUUUUGUAUAAGAUUGUCGUUUCAUUUCUACUUGCCAGCUUGCCUUGCUGGACUUGUAUGGAAUUGUUUUCUUGAUUUGAAUUGUACAAUGUUUCUUGAUGUAGGGCAGGCAGUGGUUAGCCCUCCCUUUUUACAGAUUUUUUUAAUCAGGACUUUUGAACUUGAUUCAUGAUUUUCUCUUGACAAGCAAAUAAAAAAGAUGCCAAUUAGAUAGGUCCUGAUGUGUAUGUAACCAUCAAGUGAAUGGUGCAGAACAUUUCCAAGAAGUUUAUAUGUGUUGAUCCCUACAAUAAAGUUCUGUGGAUAGUGA